CUCCACCGAAAAAGUCAACAUCGACGGGAUUGGCGGUUUUGCAGAACCCACCACGGAAUGCACACAAUUUCUCCCUUCUUUAUAUACGCGAUCGGAUUCCUCUCUUUCUGCAUCAUUCUUGCACUGAAAUUCUCAAACCUAACUGAAACCAGCGAGUUCUCCAACGACGCCACGACAAUGGCGACUGAGAAGAAGGGGAUUAAAGAGACCUUCUACAUCUCGCACGGCUCACCGACACUUUCUAUAGAUGAUUCCCUCCCUGCCCGCCACUUCCUCAAAUCGUUCCGGCAGAAGGUGUUGACGGAGAAGCCCAAAGCCAUUCUCAUCAUUUCGGGCCACUGGGAGACUUCCGAGCCCGCGGUCAACGCAGUUUCGGGUCCCUGCGAGACUAUCUACGACUUCUACGGGUUCCCCGACGUUAUGUACAAGCUCAAGUACUCGGCUCCGGGAGCCCCGGAAUUGGCGACCAGAGUCAAGGAAUUGCUGUUGAAAUCGGGGUUCGGGAGCGUGCACGUCGACAAGAAACGAGGGCUGGAUCACGGGGCGUGGGUGCCGCUCAUGCUGAUGUACCCGGAGGCCGACAUCCCCGUGUGCCAGCUCUCCGUCCAGACCCACAAGGACGCCGCCCACCAUUACCGUUUGGGGAAGGCGUUGGCAUUGUUGAAGGACGAGGGCGUUUUGAUAAUCGGUUCUGGCGCUGCUACCCACAACUUGAGGAUGAUUAACCGACAGAACGGCGAUUCGGUCGCUCCCUGGGCUUACGAGUUCGAUAAUUGGAUCAAGGAGGCGCUGCUGGAAGGCAGAUAUGAGGAUGUGAACGAUUAUGAAGAGAAAGCGCCGUACGCGCGGGUGGCGCACCCAAGACCCGACCAUUUCUACCCGCUCCAUGUGGCGAUGGGCGCCGCCGGGGAGAAUACUAGAGGUGAGGUGGUCCACCAUAGCUGGAGCUAUGGGACGCUUUCUUAUGCGUCAUACAAGUUCUCGGAUAAGGCUGAGUACUGAAUAGAAAUCUGGAGUUUUGAUUUCUGAUUGAUUUAGUAUGCAGAUACAAUGCUUUCCUGUACAUGAAGUUCUGUUCUGCUCACGUUGUGUUUGACAUAUGUACUGAAUGAGUUAAUUCUUUUUCGAAGAGUGCAACACCGAUCGUUCAAUGUAUACUUCCAGCCAAAGACUUGAGGAAAAUUUACUUUUCAAACGAUUUUUAGGACUGAAAAUCAUAAGUCCAUCCGAAAAA